GAAUAGAAUAGAAUAGAAUAGAAUAGAAUAGCCGUUUUUGUCUCGACUCCAGUCCAUGUUCCAGUGUCCGGGAAAGCUCCAGUCCAUGUUCCAGUGUCCGGGAAAGCUCCAGUCCAUGUUCCAGUGUCCGGGAAAGCUCCAGUCCACGGUUUACCGCAGAUGUCUGUGCUGUGACGCAGAGCUGAGCUCCGUUCAGAGGCACACAGAUGAGUGUGUUUGAAAGUGUUGCGCGAGCGCUAGAAAUAAAAUGUUAAACUGAGAGCCGAUGAAGAAGCAUGAAUAUCACUGUGAAAAGCCUCCGGUCUGUGCGCUGUCUCUCCUCCAGGCAGGGGGGCGCGAUGAACGUGUUUGACAGGAGCAUGAAGCGCAAGCAGAAGCAAUGGGCUUCAUCUUUACUAGACAGCGACAAAUACGAUUACCUCCGAGACGAGGCGGGGAGCAGAGUGGCAGACAGAGUUUAUGAUGUCUCAAGGACUUUUCCUCUGGCUCUGGAUGUAGGAUGUGGGAAGAGUCACGUCGCAGAGCAUUUGAGUAAGGAGAUUGUUGAACGUCUCUUUUUAACAGACAUUUCAGACUCUUCCCUGAGAAAUCGGAGGAAAUGUGAGAUUCCUGGUCACUGUGUUUUGGCAGAUGAGGAGUUCCUGCCAUUUAAAGAAAACACAUUUGACCUAGUGCUCAGCAGCAUGAGUUUGCACUGGAUCAAUGACCUUCCUGGAGCUUUGAGACAGAUCUACCAGGUGUUGAAGCCGGAUGGCGUGUUCAUUGGAGCAAUGGUCGGCGGUGAGACGCUCUACGAGCUGCGAUGUUCUCUGCAGUUAGCCGAGCUGGAGAGGGAGGGCGGCUUUGCACCGCAUAUCUCACCCUACACAGCCGUCACUGACCUGGGCAACCUGCUGGGACGGGCCGGCUUCAACAUGCUCACUGUGGACAUUGAUGAAGUUCAGGUCAAUUAUCCUGGUAUGCUGGAAGUCAUGAGCGAUUUACAAGGUAUGGGUGAAAGCAACUGUGCAUGGACCAGGAAGUCACUCCUACACAGAGACACUAUACUGGCGGCAGCUGCCAUUUAUAAAGAGAUGUAUGGCAAUGAAGACGGCUCGGUUCCAGCUACAUUUCAGAUCCUUUACAUGAUUGGCUGGAAGCCUCAUGAGUCUCAGGCGAAACCAGCAAAAAGGGGUUCGGCGAAUGUCUCGUUUGCCAAUCUGUCAAAAAUAAGCAAACUUCAGACCGUCCACCAGAAAACCAAUGAAAAACCCUAGGACAGGAAGAAGUUCCAUCUUUCAAAUCAACUCUGGAUCUGCUUUACUUACAUGAACGUGAUUACACAGAGAUGUUGCAUCAACAAACUGUAUUUUUGCAAAAGCUUCUUUGACAAAUGUACUCCAACAGAAACGAUGAGGUGCAUGUUACUCUAUAAAACUGAGUUACCAAAUCAUGUUACUCACAAAUUAUUACAUUCAGUUCCAGAAAUAAAAAAGCAAAUGUAUAAAAAAAAUGUAUACAUCUUACUCUCAGUACUCUUUUAGAGAAAACAAGCAUUCUAGUGUUCAAGAAAAUCCUAACGGCUAAUAUAGCAGUAAAUCCCUUUCCUCCAAACAUCAUGAGAUGUUCAUGACAAGCUCCUCUGUACAGAUCAAGUGUACAAUACAUUUACAUAUACAUAUGGCUUCAUAGUGCUGAAGAUUAACUGUAGAGUUCAACAGCUGUCAAUGGACAUGAUAUUACAGCGUAUUCUACUUAAACUGCAUGCAGGGGGUUGAGUAUGUUGAUCAUUUUGAAUCAAAAGCAUUACUUGUUUUGCUGGAAGACAUUAGCUCACACGUCAUGUGCUAUUUUGUCAGCUUUGACCUCUUAGUGGUUAUAUAAAACAAAAAAACUAAUCUGCUCAAUGUUAGCCUGAGUAUCAUGGAUAUUAGUACAGAUUUGCUGUAAUUCACUUAAUCUGGAGUACAUGUGGAUUGGAGCCAAUAACAGGCUGCCGUUCUCAUUACAUCAUCUAAAUCCAGACUAAAGUAGUAGAGAUUCAUUAUACUGUACGCAGCAACUAAAACAUGAUUUAAAGUGAAUCACAAACCGAGUAGCAGCUACAGGACGUCCUGUCUGUCCACAGAAACAGGCUUCAUGGUCCUCGAUGUAAACACAAGACGUUUGGAGCAGGUUAUGGUGACCAUCUGUUGUCAGUUUAAGUCCAUAUUUCUCAUUCUUUGAAGCAUUUAAAGCUCAAUUAAUGCCAACAAGGCACAAACAAAACUAUUUACAUCUACUUUGGAUCCUUUUUUUUUCUCCAUUCAUUCUCUAUUUCAAGUCACUCUACCUUUCCUGCUCUUGAUUUCCAACUUUCCUGAGUGAGUUCAUGAGUGUCUUUAUGAACCCAGGUCAUAUUUCACCUCAAAAAAAAA